UGUACAGCCUUCAACAAAGACGACAAAUGCUUGGGAGGAACACAUAUUGAUCGAUUAGGGCAUUUUAAUGGUUUAAACUAUCGUGUUUUAAUUUGUGUAGUGCGGUCUGAGGAUGAUGAACAGACGGGGCGUUCUUCAAAGCGUUGGCUUUGUCUUUUUCUUUGUUGUGGUGCACCACGCACACGGAGACCUGAGCUAUUCUGUACAGGAGGAGCUGAAGCGCGGAUCUGUUAUUGGGAAUGUCGCCAAGGAUCUCGGACUGGAGGUGGGCAGACUAUCUGCUCGCAAAGCUCGUGUUGACAUGGAAGGAAACGAAAGACAAUAUUGCGGGAUCAACCUUCGAAGCGGGGAUUUAGUCGUUGCGGAAAGAAUAGACAGAGAGGAGCAUUGCGGAGAAAAGCCUUCAUGUGUUCUUAAAUUCGAGCUGCUAUUAGAGAAUCCACUGGAGUUACACCGAUUGUCCCUGCAGGUGCAGGACGUGAACGACAAUGCACCAAUUUUCCCGAAGGAUGUUAUAAAGCUUGACAUUAGAGAAUCAGCUGACAAAGGAGCGAAGUAUCGCAUUAAUGCAGCACAAGAUGCUGAUAUAGGCAAGAAUUCAGUUGAAAGCUACAUUUUGCAACAAAACCCCCACUUUGUGUUCAGUAUUCAGACGACAAAUGCUGGCAGUAAAUACGGUGAGUUGGUUUUAGAUAAGGAGUUAGACCGGGAGGAGCAGCAGGAAAUGAAAUUAUUGCUCACAGCUGUGGAUGGUGGUUCUCCUCAGAGAUCCGGGACUGUAGUCAUACACGUCGUUGUGCUUGAUGCUAAUGAUAACGCCCCGGUGUUUACUGAGGCCGUAUAUACAGCCACGUUACCGGAAAACUCCCCUUUUCAUACUCCAGUUAUCACUGUAAGUGCAUCAGAUGCAGAUGAAGGUGCCAACGGAGAGGUUACGUAUGAAUUUAGCCGAAUAUCAGAUAAAUCACAAAAGCUUUUUUCACUAGAUGAGAAGACUGGAGAAAUCAGUGUGUCUGGUGACAUAGAUUAUGAAGAGGGAUCGAAAUAUGAAGUGUUAGUUGAGGCCAAAGAUGGUUAUGGCCUCUCUUCAGAAGCAAAAGUAAUUAUUGAUAUCACUGAUGUGAACGACAACGCCCCAGUUAUAUAUCUGAAAUCACUCAGUAGUCCCAUACCUGAGAACGUGUCACCUGGUACAGAGGUGGGCAUCAUUAACGUGCAGGACAGAGACUCUGAGAGUAAUGGGCAGGUCCGCUGCUCCAUUCAGCAAAACGCCCCCUUUAAAUUGGUUCCUUCUAUUAAAAACUAUUAUUCUCUGGUGACCACAGGACAACUGGACCGUGAACUAGUGUCUGAUUACAACAUUACAAUCACCGCCACUGACGAGGGCUCUCCACCUCUGUCCUCCUCUAAAACUGUUCAGUUAUCUGUAGCAGACAUCAACGACAACCCACCGGUGUUUGAGGAACAGUCCUACAGCGCAUAUGUGACUGAAAAUAACAAACCUGGCUCCUCUUUAUGUUCCGUUAGUGCUCGAGACCCCGACUGGAGACAAAACGGUACAGUGAUUUAUUCUCUGUUACCCGGUGAGGUGAACGGUGCCCCGGUGUCCUCCUAUCUGUCUGUUAACGGAGACACGGGGGUGAUCCACGCUGUGAGGUCGUUUGAUUAUGAACAGUUCAGGAGUUUUAAAGUCCACGUGAUGGCCAGAGACAACGGUUCUCCUCCGCUCAGCAGCAACGUGACCGUCAGUGUCUUCAUAUCGGAUGUGAACGACAACUCUCCUCAGAUUCUGUACCCCGCCCCGGAGGGCAACUCCUUCAUGACCGAGCUGGUCCCCAAAGCUGCACACGGAGGCUCUCUGGUGUCCAAAGUGAUAGCGGUGGACGCGGACUCCGGACAGAACGCCUGGCUGUCCUAUCAUAUAGUCAAAUCCACUGAUCCGGGACUUUUCACUAUCGGGGUCCACAGCGGAGAGAUCAGGACCCAGCGGGACAUUUCUGAGUCUGACAGCAUGAAACAGAACCUUAUUGUGGCAGUGAAAGAUAACGGACAGCCCUCUCUCUCUGCCACCUGCUCCAUGUAUUUACUUAUUUCUGAUAACUUGGCUGAGGUGCCAGAACUGAAGGACAUUUCUUAUGAUGAGAAGAACUCCAAGCUGACCUCAUACCUGAUCAUCGCGCUGGUGUCUGUGUCCACCUUUUUCCUGACCUUCAUUAUCAUCAUCCUGGGUGUGAGGUUUUGUCGCAGGAGAAAGCCCAGACUGUUGUUUGAUGGAGCAGUCGCCAUCCCCAGCGCUUAUCUCCCUCCUAAUUACGCAGAUGUUGACGGCACAGGAACUUUACGCAGCACUUACAAUUAUGACGCCUACCUGACAACGGGUUCUAGGACCAGUGACUUUAAGUUCGUGUCAUCUUACAAUGACAACACACUGCCUGCUGACCAGACUCUGAGGAAAAGCCCAACAGACUUUCCUGAAGUGUUUGGAGAUUCUGAUUCUUCUCCUGAGGUAGGGACGGAUUGCGGUCUGAGGAUGAUGAACAGACGGGGCGUUCUUCAAAGCUUUGGCUUUGUCUUUUUCUUUGUUGUGGUGCACCACGCACACGGAGACCUGAGCUAUUCUGUACAGGAGGAGCUGAAGCGCGGAUCUGUUAUUGGGAAUGUCGCCAAGGAUCUCGGACUGGAGGUGGGCAGACUAUCUGCUCGCAAAGCUCGUGUUGACAUGGAAGGAAACGAAAGACAAUAUUGCGGGAUCAACCUUCGAAGCGGGGAUUUAGUCGUUGCGGAAAGAAUAGACAGAGAGGAGCAUUGCGGAGAAAAGCCUUCAUGUGUUCUUAAAUUCGAGCUGCUAUUAGAGAAUCCACUGGAGUUACACCGAUUGUCCCUGCAGGUGCAGGACGUGAACGACAAUGCACCAAUUUUCCCGAAGGAUGUUAUAAAGCUUGACAUUAGAGAAUCAGCUGACAAAGGAGCGAAGUAUCGCAUUAAUGCAGCACAUGACGCUGAUAUAGGCAAGAAUUCAGUUGAAAGCUACAUUUUGCAACAAAACCCCCACUUUGUGUUCAGUAUUCAGACGACAAAUGCUGGCAGUAAAUACGGUGAGUUGGUUUUAGAUAAGGAGUUAGACCGGGAGGAGCAGCAGGAAAUGAAAUUAUUGCUCACAGCUGUGGAUGGUGGUUCUCCUCAGAGAUCCGGGACUGUAGUCAUACACGUCGUUGUGCUUGAUGCUAAUGAUAACGCCCCGGUGUUUACUGAGGCCGUAUAUACAGCCACGAUACCGGAAAGCUCCCCUUUUCAUACUCCAGUUAUCACUGUAAGUGCAUCAGAUGCAGAUGAAGGUGCCAACGGAGAGGUUACGUAUGAAUUUAGCCGAAUAUCAGAUAAAUCACGAAACCUUUUUUCACUAGAUGAGAAGACUGGAGAAAUCAGUGUGUCUGGUGACAUAGAUUAUGAAGAGGGAUCGAAAUAUGAAGUGUUAGUUGAGGCCAAAGAUGGUUAUGGCCUCUCUUCAGAAGCAAAAGUAAUUAUUGAUAUCACUGAUGUGAACGACAACGCCCCAGUUAUAUAUCUGAAAUCACUCAGUAGUCCCAUACCUGAGAACGCGUCACCUGGUACAGAGGUGGGCAUCAUUAACGUGCAGGACAGAGACUCUGAGAGUAACGGGCAGGUCCGCUGCUCCAUUCAGCAAAACGCCCCCUUUAAAUUGGUUCCUUCUAUUAAAAACUAUUAUUCUCUGGUGACCACAGGACAACUGGACCGUGAACUAGUGUCUGAUUACAACAUUACAAUCACCGCCACUGACGAGGGCUCUCCACCUCUGUCCUCCUCUAAAACUGUUCAGUUAUCUGUAGCAGACAUCAACGACAACCCACCGGUGUUUGAGGAACAGUCCUACAGCGCAUAUGUGACUGAAAAUAACAAACCUGGCUCCUCUUUAUGUUCCGUUAGUGCUCGAGACCCCGACUGGAGACAAAACGGUACAGUGAUUUAUUCUCUGUUACCCGGUGAGGUGAACGGUGCCCCGGUGUCCUCCUAUCUGUCUGUUAACGGAGACACGGGGGUGAUCCACGCUGUGAGGUCGUUUGAUUAUGAACAGUUCAGGAGUUUUAAAGUCCACGUGAUGGCCAGAGACAACGGUUCUCCUCCGCUCAGCAGCAACGUGACCGUCAGUGUCUUCAUAUCGGAUGUGAACGACAACUCUCCUCAGAUACUGUACCCCGCCCCGGAGGGCAACUCCUUCAUGACCGAGCUGGUCCCCAAAGCUGCACACGGAGGCUCUCUGGUGUCCAAAGUGAUAGCGGUGGACGCGGACUCCGGACAGAACGCCUGGCUGUCCUAUCAUAUAGUCAAAUCCACCGAUCCGGGACUUUUCACUAUCGGUGUCCACAGCGGAGAGAUCAGGACCCAGCGGGACAUUUCUGAGUCUGACAGCAUGAAACAGAACCUUAUUGUGGCAGUGAAAGAUAACGGACAGCCCUCUCUCUCUGCCACCUGCUCCAUGUAUUUACUUAUUUCUGAUAACUUGGCUGAGGUGCCAGAACUGAAGGACAUUUCUUAUGAUGAGAAGAACUCCAAGCUGACCUCAUACCUGAUCAUCGCGCUGGUGUCUGUGUCCACCUUUUUCCUGACCUUCAUUAUCAUCAUCCUGGGUGUGAGGUUUUGUCGCAGGAGAAAGCCCAGACUGUUGUUUGAUGGAGCAGUCGCCAUCCCCAGCGCUUAUCUCCCUCCUAAUUACGCAGAUGUUGACGGCACAGGAACUUUACGCAGCACCUACAAUUAUGACGCCUACCUGACAACGGGUUCUAGGACCAGCGACUUUAAGUUCGUGUCAUCUUACAAUGACAACACACUGCCUGCUGACCAGACUCUGAGGAAAAGUCCAACAGACUUUGCCGAUUCGUUUGGGGAUUGUGAUGACUCUCCUGAGGUAGGAACCGAUGUCACAUAUCAUAUGACUCAUUCAAACCUUCGUCAUCCGGACGAAGGUUUCGUCCGGAUGCUUUAG